UUCAGUUGGACCUGUCACUCUGUUGCUAUGAAACACUCAAGAAGGUCAUUAGUGAAUGAAUGAAGGUGGGUGCUGUGUGUUAAUAUAUUAAGUAUGCAAUGCUGUGAGUGCAUUAUAAGGAAUGUCUUUGUGAGUAUGUUUAUUUGCACAUGGCCAAAUGUAUAAAAACCCUGCGUUGUGCGUGGACUUCAGUGAACGAUUGUAAGAUGUCCUACUUCACUCUUCUCUUUUUAGCCCUCGGCACCCUGAGCAGCUUCAUGCUGAGGGAGGUAACGGCUCUCAGAUUGCCACUUCCUGAUGACAGUGAUCCUGAUAGAUUUACAUGGGGACAGUUUCCUGAGAAUCAAGAGAUUCCCCGGAGUCUGGAGAUAGAAGACUUCAUUCUUAAUGUAGCCCCAACCAGCGCCCGUGUGAGCUCUCCCUCCAUCCUGCGACUUCACCCCAUAAUAACAAAACCAUCACACAUGCAUGCCAACCUCCCCCUUCGCUUCGGGCGGGAUACGCAGAUGACCCCAAGGGAACGUGCUAAGUCCAAUAUCAACCUCCCUCAGCGCUUCGGCCGGUCCUGCACUAUGUGUGUGCGCUCAGGGACCAGACUUUCAGCCACCCUGCCGCAAAGGUUUGGGAGGAGGAACAUAUUCCCUUUAGACCCUUUCCGCAUUACUCUCUACACACGCACACCUGAAUCACCAUUUUCAAAAGAAAGGACUCAAGUCCACGACUACAUGCUUGAAACAGUAGAAGACUCUGUAGAAGAAACUGUAAAGAACACAGACUACACACCUUUAGAUUAAUGAAGCCCACAAAAACAACAACCAGUUUUAUGAAUUUCCUAUUCUCUUCAUGCAUUUGCAUCUGUACUUGCCUGCUUGUAAACUUGUUUGAGUAAAUUAUGAAUAACACUACACUGGUGACAUAAUAAGUGUAUUAUUAUAAGUUUCAAAAGA